AUGCUAUCAUUCAACAUAGUCUGGUACAAGAUCAUUUGUUUUGGGGAACACCCCCUUGUCCAUUUAAUCCCUUUUCCGUUCAUUUCUUUAUAUUUUCUUUCUUUUCAUUUAUUGUUUUUUUCUGUAAAACUUCUUUCUCCCUUCUUUCUUUCUUUCUUUUUUCUUUAUUGUUUUUCCCUUCUUUCUUUCUUUCUUUCUUUCUUUCUUUCUUUCUUUCUUUCUUUCUUUCUUGUUUUUCCUUGUUUUUCCCUUCUUUCUUUCUUUCUUUCUUUCUUUCUUUCUUUUUUCUUUCUUGUUUUUCCCUUCUUUCUUUCUUUCUUUCUUUCUUUCUUUUUUGUUUUUCCUUGUUUUUACCUUUUUUCUUUCUUUCUUUCUUUCUUUCUUUCUUUCUUUCUUUAUUGUUUUUCCUUGUUUUUCCCGUCUUUCUUCCUUUCUUUCUUUCUUGUUUGUUUUUCCUUGUUUUUCCCUUCUUUCUUUCUUUCUUUCUUUCUUUCUUUCUUUCUUUCUUUCUUUCUUUCUUUCUUUCCUUCCUGCCUUCACCAUGACAUUGAUUUCUCUUCAUUCGUUAUUUCACGUUUGUAUUAUCUUUCUUUCUUUCUUUCUUUCUUUCUUUCUUUCUUUCUUUCCUGCCUUCUUUUGACAUUCUUUUUUUCUUUUUCUUUCUUUUUCUUUUUUUCUUUUCUUUCUUUCUUUCUUUCUUUUUUCUUUCUUUCUUUCUUUCUUUCUUUCUUUCUUUCUUUCUUUCUUUCUUUCUUUCCUGCCUUCACCAUGACAUUGAUUUCUCUUCAUUCGUUAUUUCACGUUUCGAUUAUCUUUCUUUCUUUCUUUUCUUUCUUUUUUUUUCUUUUCUUUUUUUUUUGUUUUUUUCCUUGUUUUUCUUUCUUUCUUUUUCUUUCUUUCUUUCUUUCUUUUUUUCCUUGUUUUUCCGUCUUUCUUUCUUUCUUUCUUUCUUUCUUUUUUUUUUUUUUGUUUUUUUUCCUUGUUUUCCCUUUUUUUUUCUUUCUUUCUUUCUUUCUUUCUUGUUUUUCCCUUCUUUCUUUCUUUCUUUCUUUUUUUUCUUUUUUCCCUUCUUUCUUUCUUUCUUUUUCUUUUCUUUCUUUCUUGUUUUUUACUGUCUUCUUUCUUUUCGAUUUUUUUUACUUUUUAAACUCUUUUCUUUUUGUCUUUCUUUUCUUUCGAUGUUGCUGUUUUUUGAUUUGUUUAUUUCUGCUUCUAGAUUUUUCCUUUCAUUGUUUCUUUAAUUUUCUAAUCGUUUGCUUUAAUCAGUUUUCUCUAUCUUUUCUUUCCUUAUUUAUUUGUGUUUUUCUUUUAUUCCGUCUAUUAACGUUUCUUUCUUUUUUCUUUGCAUUUAUUAUUUUUACUUCUGCUUUUACACUUUUUUCUUUCUUUUGUUUAUUCCUUUUUACCUUUCCCUUUAUUUUUGCUUUUAAUCUGUUUUCUCCAUUUGUUUAUUUUCCUUUCUUUUAA